UGCUGCGCUGGAGGCGACGGUGAAGACAUGUUGGAGGUCCGUCAACGUCAUGAUGUUGUGGUUAAGCCGAGCCAGGAAAAGAGCGAAGCAGCUGGAGAUGCUGCUGUCCGAGUCGACGCUCGAACUGGGGACGGGGAGAUGUCGGCUGAGACGCUGACUGUUUUCCUGAAGUUGUGCGCGGCGGUUUUUUACGGAGUUAGCUCUUUUUUGAUCGUGGUGGUGAACAAGAGCGUCCUAACCAGCUACAGAUUUCCGUCAAUAUUAUUUGUGGGCAUUGGUCAGAUGUUAGCAACGGUAACCCUGCUGUGGGUGGGUAAGGCAUGCAAGGUGGUGAAGUUUCCUGGCCUGGACUACAGUAUGCCUCGGAAGGUGUUUCCACUUCCUCUAUUAUACCUGGGGAACCAACUUACAGGAUUGCUCGGCACUAAGAAACUGAAUCUUCCAAUGUUUACAGUUCUAAGGAGGUUUUCCAUUCUGUUUACAAUGAUAGCAGAAAGUUUGUUACUUAAUAAGAACUUCUCUUGGUCUAUACAGGUGACUGUCUUUGCAAUGAUACUUGGUGCAUUUAUUGCUGCCAGUUCUGACAUGGCAUUUGACUCAUUUGGAUAUGGAUAUAUUCUUACAAAUAAUGUGUUAACAGCUGCUAAUGGAGCUUACGUAAAGCAAAAAUUGGAGUCAAAAGAACUGGGUAAAUAUGGGCUACUUUAUUACAACGCCCUCUUUAUGAUUCUGCCUUCUUUGGUCAUUGCAUACUUCACAGGUGACCUUCAAAAGGCAGUUAAUUUUGAAGGUUGGUCAAAUACCAUAUUUGUGAUGCAGUUCUUGCUGUCCUGUGUAAUGGGGUUUAUUCUCAUGUUUUCUACAGUUCUGUGCACUCAGUAUAAUUCUGCUCUUACUACCACAAUUGUUGGCUGUGUUAAGAAUAUUUUGGUGACUUAUAUUGGAAUGUUUCUCGGUGGGGAUUAUAUAUUCACGUGGACCAAUUUCAUCGGGUUAAAUAUUAGUAUUGCUGGAAGUUUGGUGUAUUCUUACAUUACAUUCACAGAGGAGCAUUCGGUCAAGACAUCAGGAAACGGCAGCAGUGUGGACAUCAAGGGAAAAGUAGCUGUAUGAACAGGAAAGAUUGUCGGAGAUAUCUAAUUUUCAUGCUCUACUGAUUUUAGUUUUUUUAAAAGAAAAUGUAGAAUUAUAAAUCUGUAAUAAUCUAUUAAAGAAAUUGUAGGUGAUUUUGCAGUUUUGGUACAUUGAUAUUUCCAGGACCAAAAACGUUAUCAAAGGCCCCUCUUUUUACUAAAGUAUCACUAGUUGAGGGCAUUGCCACAAGUUGCUCUUCAUCUCCAUUCUAGAGCUUCAAAAAACAGUUCCAACUCAACUUUUUAAUGUUUUAAAUUGUAUAUGGUGUGUUUCUAACAAGUAUACCAUGUGCAGAUCUCAGAAUUGAUUACUGUACUUUCUGGUAACUAACUUCAUGAGUUUCUCUGCUCACCAAUUCUUAACAUCUUUUUGAUUCUCCAUCUGCAAACAUGAAUUUUAAACUAGGGAUUUCAUGUGGAACAGUGUGGCAGGUCAACUGUUGUUUGUUGGUAUUGCCGAAUUUUAAUCAGCUUUCGGUCCUCGUGUCAGGUAAAUUGCAUGUUGACUCUUUUACAGAAGACCACUGUUUAAGAAACCUGUGCAAAAUGUGCUUUAUUGAGCAGAAACACUUGUAAUUAUUCUAUAUUUUCCAAUUUCUUAUUGCAGAACUGAGCUUGGGAAAUAAGAAUAUAGACACAAAGCUGCCAUUUCAGUGUAGCAUUUGCAUGCAUUCAAAGGAAAACAUCAUAUGGUUUUUAGAGUUAUAGAAAUGUACAGCAUAGAAACAGACCCUUGGCUCCAAACCGUCCAUGCUGACCAGAUAUCCCAACCCAAUCUAGUCCCACCUGCCAGCACCCGGCCCAUAUGCCUCCAAACCCUUCCUAUUCAUAUACUCAUCCAAAUGCCUCUUAAAUGUUGCAAUUGUACCAGCCUCACCACUUCCUCUGGCAGCUCAUUCCAUACACGUACCACCCUCUGCGUGAAAAAGUCACCCUGUAGGUCUCUCUUAAUCUUUCUCCUCUCACCCUAAACCUAUGCCCUCUAGUUCUGGACUCCCCAACCCCAUGGAAAAGAUUUUGCCUAUUUACCCUAUCCAUGCCGCUCAUAAUUUUAUAAACCUCUAUAAGGUCACCCCUCAGCCUCUGAUGCUCCAGGGAAAACAGCCCCAGCCAAUUCAGCCUGUCCCUAUAGCUCAAAUCCUCCAACCCUGGCAAUAUUCUUGUAAAUCUUUUCGGAGCCCUUUCAAGCUUCACAUCUUUCUGAUAGGAAGGAGACCAGAAUUGCAUGCAAUAUUCCACCGGUGGCCUAACCAAUGUCCUGUACAGCUGCAACAUGACCUCCCAACUCCUGUACUCAGUACUCUGACCAAUAAAGGAAAGCAUACCAAACGCCAUCUUCACUAUCCUAUCUACCUGCGACUCCACUUUCAAGGAGCUGUGAACCUACACUCCAGGGUCUCGUUGUUCAGCAACACUCCCUUGGACCUUACCAUUAAGUAUAUAAGUUCUUCUAAGAUUUGCUUUCCCAAAAUGCAGCACCUCGCAUUUAUCUGAAUUAAACUCCAUUUGCCACUUCUUAGCCCAUUGGCCCAUCUGGUAAAGAUCCUGUUAUAAUCUGAGGUAACCCUCUUCGCUGUCCACUACACCUCCAAUUUUGGUGUCAUCUGCAAACUUACUAACUGUACCCCUUAUGCUCACAUCCAAAUCAUUUAUAUAAAUGACAAAAAGUAGAGGACCCAACACUGAUCCUUGUGGCCAAUUUUCCUUUAAUCAUGAAAUUAUAGAUGUACUUUUGAGUUGUUAAAUGGCAAUUCAUAAUUGAAAAUAAUUUCUCAAUCAUUGAUGGAAGUAGAUGCAAACCUCUUUGUAUUUGAGUAGAUGUUAAAAGUUUGUCAGUGUAAGUUUGAAUCAUUUAAACAGUUUUCCAACUGUAGGUGGUUCAUAUAUUAUUGGCUCUGUGGAGUCAUUUAAAAUGGUUGUGUUAAAUAGGUCUGAAGAAUUUGGUAAAUCUUUCCUAAAACUUGAAAAUUACAAUCUGGUUCAGAUUAAGGGUGAUAGAGCAGGUGAGAGUCUUUCAAUAUCUAUCUAUCUUUCAGUUCUCUACUUUUGAAGAUCUACUUAAUAUAUUAACUUAAACACUUUAGUCUAAAUCCAGAUGCACCAGAAUGUAUGGCAGUUGUUCUGCAGCCCAGCAAAUUGCUCAGAGAUCUGUAUGUGUCGUGCUAAUAGUGGGCUAAUUACUUACUUUGUAUACAGUGUAUGUGAAGUGUAAAAUUGCAGGCUCCCGUGGAUCAUAAUGUAGUCAAAUGCAUGUGUGCAGUGUUUUAAUGACUUUCCCAGAAUUUCAGUUUUCUGAAAUGUUUGAGCAAAAUGGGUCACCCAAUGAUAUUUCCUAAUUUAUGAUUUUGUGAAUGCAGUUGAGUGAAUUAAAUUGAGCAUGCAUAUUUACAGGUUAAGUAGGUCCUAUGGACUUAAGAAUCUGCACUGCCCAAACGUUGAUGACUCCAGUUACAAUGUGGCAAUAUUUGCUUUUGUAGAGCUUUCUUGUAGUCUGCCAAGAUAUUACUUGUUUAGUAGUGGCUGGUUACAGAAAUGCUGCUUUUAGUACUUAAAAAUUCAGAUGUUGGUCUAGGUGAUGUGUAAAAAAGUCGCAUUGUUCAAUGUUGUAAACACUGAAGUGCCUAGAUAUUGGUUAGAGCUGACUUACAAACACACUUAAUAUAUACAUUUAACCUAUCCAAAUGUAGGUGUAGUUUGGUUCAGAUAUGUAUAUUUUAUAAUUUAGUAACAAAGUGGGUCAGAAAUAGAUUUUUGCCAUUGUGUGUUCUAAUAAUUUUACAUCUAAUGUUUUACUAUUUUUGUUGUGAUUUGAAAUUUGCUUGAUAGGUAUACUUUGUAAUAGUUUUUUAUGGCUUUGAUUUGGGUAACUCUUCAGCAUUUUGAGAACUUCAGCUUUUUACAUUCUGUAGCUAUUAUCAUCUGAAUAGAGACAAACAAAAAAUCACCUCCCACAACUUCAUAUUUUGUGAAUUUUUUAAUGAAAAAAUUACUAAUUGUCAAAAGAUCAACUUGAAAAUGUGGCAAUACUUAACUCAGCCCAUGAUUUAAAUUUUAUGUUCUCAAAUGUGAAGAUUUGGGCAAAACUGGUGCCAUUGGAGGAAAGGAAUGUGUAUCUUUAGGAUGAUGAUGCAUAAUUAUGUAGCAGUUAAUUUUAAAUUCAGCUUCAGCAGAAGCUGACAACAAUCACUUUGCUCUUUACAAUACUUUUAUCCAACCGUGGUGCUCAUGAAUUUCAAUAAAAUUGAACCUUUGAUUUGUUCUAAGUUUCUGGUUCACCAGAAUAAA